AUGCCGCGAGUCGGCCUCGGCGUCUACCAGCUACGGGGAGAGACGGGAACGGGUACGUCGACCUUCUUCCUCGUCCACAGGCCCGUCGAAGGGCGCAGGGAGCUCUGGGCCGCUCUGGAGAGGCUGGGGUCCGAGCGGGCGGUCGGUUUGAGCAACUUUAGCGUCGGCGCGUUGGAGGAGACGAGGGCGUACGCGGAAGGUGUGGACGCCGUGAACCAGAUCGAGAUGCACCCGUGGUGCCAGCAGUGGGAGCCCGUCGAGUACUGCCGCGCGCGCGGCAUCGUUCGUGCAGGCGUACAGCCCGCUCGCGCGCGGUCGGCCUAUGGCGGGCCCGGCGUUGAUGGCCGUCGUGGAGCGGGUCUGACAUCGGUUUUACGGGCCGGGACCACCCGCCUUUUGUGGCCGGACGAAUAA